CACCACACACAUGGCCUGCUACGACCUCUGCCGCCCCUGCGGACCCACCCCGCUGGCCAACAGCUGCAACGAGCCCUGUGUCAGGCAGUGCGAGGACUCCCGCGUCGUCAUCCAGCCUCCCGCCGUGCUGGUCACCCUGCCAGGACCCAUCCUCACCUCCUUCCCCCAGAGCACCGCCGUUGGAUCCUCCUCAUCGGCUGCCGUGGGCAACGUCCUCAGCUCCCAGGGAGUGCCCAUCUCCUCUGGCGGAUUCGGCUAUGGCCUUGGCUACGGCCUUGGCUACGGCUUCGGAGGCCUGGGCUGCUACGGCAGUAGAAGAGGCUACAACAUCUGCUAA